AUGUUGAGGAAAGAGGAUUCCAUGUGGCAUCGGGAGGGACCAGCCUCCAUGCUCACGGGCACCCUGUCAGCGGCGCGAGGAUCGUUGCUGUGGUUAGAUUCAACGGCGCUGGCUGUUGGCGAGUCUCAUACCCAUCUAAACAGUGUCAGAGAUGUGCAAACAGGAUUACAAACAGAAGGGCACAAAGGACGGAAAGGGGGACGCGAUGGUGCUGAUGUCGCACGCAAAGAGGCAGAGGCAAGAGACGGACGUGUACAGGCAUCUGGCAUGCCGGUCACGACACCGCUCCGGGCCUCCAGCCACUCAUGCCUCGGCGUCAAGAGGGUGGUCGAGGAGAGACAUUGGGUGCCGUGUGGGGAGGACGUGCGCAUGACAUGCCUCGGGCGCGUCGACACGAGAGGCGGUCGUGUGUGCAGGCAGACGGGACUAGUAAGAACGGCAGAGUGA